CGUCUUCCCCCCUCCAAACCCAUCAGCCCAUCACCACCCACCUCUUCCCAUUUGCUCCUUCCUCCUUCCUCGCCUCACCUCAUCACCAUCCUUGCGUCUCUCCAUUGCAUCCCAUCCGGUUCACACGGUUCUUGCUGUUCUUGCGCAUGCGUCGCUCUCCUCCCAUCCAUUUCUAGCAAUCUUCAGAGAGAGAAAGCGUUGGUCUUGUUCUUGUGAGAGACACACAGGGAACCACCACUUCCCCAGCCAUUACGCCGUAGCCGAACCUCGAGAAAAACCUGAGAAGCAUGUAAUCCAGUCCCUGUCCUGAAUCCAAACCCACCCAGAAAAAAUCACAAAAAAAGAAGCCACUUCGUCCGAUCCCCAAAAGCACACCGGCGUUGCGAGGCGAGGCGUAAGUUGGUAGGCUGGACACACCCCCACUGAUCCCUUAGCACGAAAUCAACAAAAGGCUCCGGAUCAUGUAAGUUUCGCCACAGUCUUUGCUUGACACGCCGCUGAAGAAAAAAACCAAAAAAAAGUAGUAGUAGGAAGGGAAUCCAGCAUGCAUCUCUAGCAGCAGCCAUCCGUCAGUAGUCGCGGUCCGGCGAUCCUGCUGGAGCCGGUCCGGCCGCUGUCGUAGCAUUACCCCUGCAAAAACCGUCAAAUCAUGUGAUUAGUAGCCCAUCAUCUCCUAUUUCUGCUGCUGCGCCAGUGGUCUGAAAAAAACCAAAAAAAGAGACAGUGUUUGAGAGUGAGAGAGAAAGAGAGGAAGCAGGUAGAGCUCGAGAUCAUCAGUGAUGGAGCCGGCGGGGUCGACGCCGCCGAACGGGUCGGCGCCGGCCACGCCUGGGACGCCGGCGCCGCUGUUCUCCGGCGGGCCGCGGGUGGACUCGCUGUCGUACGAGCGCAAGUCGAUGCCGCGGUGCAGGUGCCUGCCGGCGGUGGAGGGGUGGGGCGUGGCGACGCACACCUGCGUCGUCGAGAUCCCCGCGCCGGACGUCUCGCUCACCCGCAAGCUGGGCGCGGAGUUCGUGGGCACGUUCAUCCUCAUCUUCUUCGCGACGGCGGCGCCGAUCGUGAACCAGAAGUACGGCGGCGCGAUCAGCCCGUUCGGGAACGCGGCGUGCGCGGGGCUCGCCGUGACCAUCAUCAUCCUGUCGACGGGCCACAUCUCCGGGGCGCACCUCAACCCGUCCCUCACCAUCGCCUUCGCCGCGCUGCGCCACUUCCCCUGGCUCCAGGUGCCCGCCUACGUGUCCGUCCAGGUGCUGGGCUCCAUCUGCGCCAGCUUCGCGCUCAAGGGCGUCUUCCACCCCUUCCUCUCCGGCGGGGUCACCGUGCCCGACGUCACCAUUUCCACCGCCCAGGCAUUCUUCACCGAGUUCAUCAUCACCUUCAACCUCCUCUUCGUCGUCACCGCCGUUGCCACCGACACCCGCGCCGUGGGUGAGCUCGCCGGGAUCGCGGUCGGAGCGGCCGUGACGCUGAACAUCCUCGUGGCCGGGCCGACGACGGGCGGGUCGAUGAACCCGGUGAGGACGCUGGGGCCGGCGGUGGCGGCGGGGAACUACCGGCAGCUGUGGAUCUACCUGCUGGCGCCGACGCUCGGCGCGGUGGCGGGCGCCGGCGUGUACACGGCGGUGAAGCUCCGGGACGAGAACGGCGAGACCCCGCGCGCGCAGCGCAGCUUCCGCCGCUGACGAGACGCGCACGCCCGGACGCGAUCGGGCGCCGUCCGCCCGUGUCGCGGUCCCCCCCUCCACCACGUACUUGCGGCCACGCAUGUCGGGGUCCGUGGUACGUUCUGUUCCGUGUCGGUGUCCGUGUGUGACAAUAAGCCCCGGCCGUUUUCGCUUCGUCCAGGACGGCCGGGCGCACGUCCUGUGUGCCUUGUGUGUGGUCCGUGUGUCGUGGAAUACUCCGAGUCUUUGAACAAUCUCUCGGGUUUGAUUUGAUGCGGUCGCUGAUCGUGUCGGAAUAAAAGCCACGCCGAUGCGCCGGCUGACGGGCAUCUGGAUGUGUGAUAAAUUUGUGCGAAGACCUGCUGAGGAGCAACCAAAUUGAUGCAUAAUUUGUCUUGUUUGCUUUC